AUGCUGGAGAGAGAUCCGUGCUCCGUGACCGCCUUCUUUGACGACACCUUGCCACCGCCAGCAGCCGUCGACCGCCGCUCCGCCCAAACGGUCUGCCUUUCCAGAGCUGCCCGGGCAGCUCACUUUCACCACGUCUUCCCUAAAGAAACCUUCUCCUUCUCGGCCGCGUCGACAAUUGCGUCCUCCACACGAGCCACGCCAUCCUACUGCGGCCGCGACAGUUCUGUGCCUCUGUCGGCCACAGACGAGCCUGCCGACAUCAGCAACGCCGGCGAUACUUCUUCGCCGUCGCUGCAGCAGCUGCCGCUCCCGGCACAUCGUCAUCCCCAUCGACGGCUCGCACGCAGCCAGUCGCCACUUGUCACCGUCUCGCACCGUGCGAUUGUCAUGGGCGGAACUGCCGACCUGCCGCCCAGCUACAGAUCGAGUUCGCCUCUGAAGCGGCCUGCCUCCAGCAUGGACAACAGCACGGACGGUGGUGCUGCUCCGACCAACGUUGACAUGGCCAUCUUGCCGGCCGAUCAGCCAGCAGAGGCACUGAAGCCGGCUCCUCCCAUCGAGGAGCAGAUACGGACGAUCGAGGGCCUGGUCAAGGACUUUGGCAGCAGCGAGCUGCAAGAGGGCACGACCGCCUAUCUCGUCUCCCGGCGCUGGCUGGCUCAGGCGCAGGCUCUCGGCAGCGGCGACGCAGCCAAGGCGGCCAAGGCGGUGCCUCUGGGCCGACUCGGGCCGGUCGACAACGCAGACAUCAUCGAGGGCGUGGUCCAGGACGUGGAAGGCAACGACGCCGUGCGACUCAAGCCGGGCACCGGCCUCGAGGACUUUGAGCUGUUUUCUCAGAGCGCCUGGGACCUGCUGGUGUCGUGGUACGGGUUGGCGGACGGCCAGCUACCCAUCGUUCGCGUGGCACACAACACGGCGCCGACGUCGACGAUCCCCAACGUGCAGUACGAGCUGCACCCUCCCGUCUUCACGUUGCACCGCCUUUGGUCGCUCACCAGCGGCAUUCCCUUUGACAAGGAAGUCGGCGACGUCGAGCAGCCGCCGCCUUACAUCAUGUGCUCCAGCGCCUACAACAUGCAGGCCUUCCUCAAACGGGCCAAAUUCCUGCUGCACAUCCCCGUGAGCCGUCGUGUGCGCCUGUGGCGAGUACCGCGAAAGCUGCCAGCUGGUGAGCCAGCAGCAGCAGCAGCAGUCCGGCCCGCCCCAGUAUCACAAGUAUUGUCCACGCCGCCGGACUCCCCCCGUCUUGACGCCACGGGCCUGACCAACCCCCAGGACUCGUGGUCCCGGCUCCUGCUCGAGGUGGCGGACUUUAUGAAGCUCGAGGUCAACUCAGAGCGCGAGACCCUGGCGAUCAAGGACUUGACGCAUGACCGGAACUACAACGGCAGCCAGCCGCUGGCGUUUGCGUCACUGACGGUUGACCAGACGCUGGUGCUGGACGAGAACAUCGAGCGCACCAUGUGGGUGUCCACGUAUCACCCCAAGGGCAACAAGGACAAGGCAGGCGCAGCGACGUCCUCGUCACGACCCAACAGCAGCCGCGCCAACCAUGCAUCUGCGUCCGCGUCCGCGUCUGCGUCUGCGGCAACAGCGCGGACCGGGAUCGCGGCCAGCGCGGCCAGCAGCGGGCGGAACAGCCCAAACCAGCAGGGCGCCUUCACGCGCGGACGGGCUAAGCAGAAGUCGGGGCGGGUGAUGGGUUGCGUGGGGCUGAGCAAUCUGGGCAAUACGUGCUACAUGAACUCGGCGCUGCAGUGUGUGCGCAGUGUGGAAGAGCUGACUAAGUACUUUCUCGUGCACGAGAGCGACGUGGAGAUCAACCAGGUCAAUCCGCUGGGCCACGGCGGCAACGUGGCGAAGGCGUACUCGUACCUGCUGGACGAGAUUUACAAAGACAAUGCGCCGUCGUCGAUCUCGCCGCGCGGCUUCAAGUCGACGAUCGGGCGGUAUGCGCCGGCGUUUUCAGGCUACGGACAGCAAGACUCGCAGGAGUUUCUCGGUUUCUUGCUGGACGGGCUGCAGGAGGACCUCAGCCGGGUCAAGAAGAAGCCGUAUAUUGCCAAGCCGGACUCGACGGACGAGAUGAUUGGCAACCCGGCAGCGAUUAGGGAGAUGGCGGAGCAGGUGUGGGACAUCACGAAGAAGCGGGAUGACUCGGUGAUCGCGGACCUGUUCACGGGCAUGUACAAGUCGACGCUGAUCUGCCCGGUGUGCCAAAAGGUCAGCAUCACGUUCGACCCGUUUACCAACCUGACGCUGCCGCUGCCGAUCCAGAACGUGUGGACGAAGCGGGUGCGGUUUGUGCCGCUGAACGACCGGCCGGUCAACCUGGACGUGGAGCUGGACAAGACGAGCGGUUUCCGGGCGCUCAAGGAGUUUGUGGGGGCGCGGGUGGGCGUGCCGGCAGAGCGGCUAGUCGGGGGGGCCGAAGAGCUGCGCGGCAACUUUAUCAAGGUGUUUGACGACUUUGCGUGCGUGUCGGAGGAAAUCAGCAACGGCGACACGAUUGUGCUGCACGAGGUGGAGGCAGCGCCGACCAACCUGACGGCCAGCAAGACGCCGCGCAAAAAGUUCCGGUCGAUGAUCCUCGACGACGGCCAGGAGAUCUUGCCGUGGGACAGCCCGCUGGCCAAGCGGCUGUUGGUGCCAGUGACGCACCGGUUCGACCCGCUGCAGUCGGAGUCGGGUAGCAGCAGCAGCAGCAACCGGCACUUCAGGGGCAGCAAUGCAGCCGGCCCGGCGCACUUUAUCAUGCUGACACCGGAAGAAGCCCGCAGCGAAGACGUGAUCCGGCGCAAGAUCCUCGAGAAGGUGGCGUCCUUCUCGACGUGGCCCGAGUUCGCCAAGGCGGACGAGGAAGCGUCGGAGGCGGGCAGCAGCAGCAGCAGCAGCGGCCACGUGAACAGCAGCUCCGAAGGCACCGAGGGCGUCUUCAGCGUCUCGGAUGCCGACUCGGCAGUCUCGGGCAAGGUGACGGCGCGGUCAGUUGAGAGCGAAGACGACCUGGUGGACGUGACAAUGAAGGACGGCGAGAUGGAACCGCAGUCACCGGCGCAGACACAGGCACAGGCACAAGCCAAGGCGGUGCUCUACAGCUACAACCGUCGGCGGCCAAAGUGGGUGUCCGAUCCGAGCACGUAUCUGCCGGGAGAGCUGCAGAAUCUGUUUGACAUGAGCUACUUUGACGAUGCACACAACACGAUCCCGACCCGGUGGAUUGGGUCCAACGACGACAAGCCGUACCCGAGGCUGCGGUCGCGGAUGCGAAAGCCAAGCACAACAGCGACAGCGACCGGAACCGAGAUGCAGAGCCCGGGCACGGUGGACAAUCUGGGCGGCAGCGACAACGACAACGAGAGCGUUGCCGGGGAUGCGCCGACGCCGGAGCCGAUCGUGUCGGAGGUGACGCGGAUGGUGGACGAGUCAGAGUCGGAGGACAGUGUGCUUCCGGCCGUGCAGCGGCUGGCAUUCCGGCACACGGCAGCGACCAAAGUAGGGGGCCGGCGGAAGGCAAACAAAUCGGGCGCGAAGACGCACGUGACCAAGGGCGUGAAGCGGCGAUCACGACAGCUGCAGCAGACAAUGGUGUCACAGGGGCAGACGACCGAGACGACGUCGGACGGCGACCAGGCGACGGGAGCAUCACAGGUGUCGCGGCUGUCGGAGGGGCCGGGCAAUGAGGAAGCACCGCUGGUGCGGAUAGGCGAAGGCAUCGUGGUGGAGUGGAGUGCGAGCGCGUGGGAUGCCGUCUACGGCAAGGGCGGCGAGUCGGAUGAGCUCCGGGGGGCGCCGACGUACAGCGAGCCGGUGAUGCUAGAGGAUGCGGAGCUGCAGGAGAAGAAGCGGCAGCGACUGUCGCGACGGAAGCACGGGCUGACACUGGACGAGUGCCUAGACGAGUUUGAGCGCGAGGAGAUCUUGUCGGAAAACGACACGUGGUACUGUCCGCGCUGCAAGGAGCACCGGCGGGCGAGCAAGAAGUUUGAUCUCUGGAAGACGCCAGACGUGCUGGUGGUGCAUCUGAAGCGGUUCAGCUCGAGCGGGUGGCGGCGCGACAAGCUGGACACGCGCGUGGACUUUCCCGUCGUCGGCCUAGACCUGACGAAGCGGGUGCUGGACCGCCAGACAGGCAAGCAAGAGACAUACGACCUGAUCGGUGUGGACGACCACUGGGGCGGUCUUGGGGGGGGACACUACACGGCCUUUGCGCGGAACUUUAUCGACGGCCAGUGGUACGAGUACAAUGACUCCUCCGUGUCCAAGGUCAGUGAUCCCAACCGGGUUGUCUCGGCGUCGGCAUACCUGCUGUUCUACCGAAGAAGAUCAGACGUGCCCCUGGGAGGCCCACGAUUCCAGCAGAUUGCCGACCGGUUCAGCCGCGAGAUUGCAGCUACCGACGACGACGACCGCUCGGAUGGUGGGUCGGGGGAAGGUCGGCGUCUCGGCACAGCCUCCUCCUUAAUUGGGUUGUCGAGCGCAUCGAAAGGAGCCGGAGCCGGAGCGGCUCUCCGUCAUCCGGGCGUCGGUCCUGGUUUGGUUAGUGGCGAAGGCGGCAUCGGUGGCGGCAGCAGCAGCAACGGGAGCAUCAGCAGCCUGAAAGCCGCAGCUGGUGGCGACCAUGACUACCUCUACGACCAGCAGAGUGACGGUGACCCGAUUGAUUUCUGUGCCCGGCCAGCCGGUUCGACGGGCAUCCUGAACUUUGGCAGCAGCAGCCAGCACGUGGAGCAGCGGGACGGCGACAACGACAACGAUGAAGACGACGACAGCAAGACGGGCGGCAGCCGCGACGUGGCGCUCUGGGACCAGCCGUCGUGGAGCUUCGGACACCUCGGCAGCGGCCACGGCUAUGGCGAAGGCGAAGGCGAAGGCGAAGGCGAAGGCGAGGGCCUGCUGCUGUCGGCGGCAUCGUCACCCCCACCGCCCGAUUUGCUCGCACAGGCCGGCAUGGAGGACAUCCAGAAGCAGAUGUGGGCGCGUAAGGAGUCGCAGGCACAGAUGCACACGGUGAUGGCAGACAUGGAUGACGACUCGGGCAAGGCGGUGGAGAUUCGCGUGAGCGAGGACGAGACCGCGACGAUGGACGAGUGA